AUGAGUACUAAAAGGAACACAUGGAAGUCUGUGAUCUUGAUCUUAAAUUGUUACAAGGUUAAGUGCCCCUUGAAGGAAUCUGAGAAACAGGUUUUGAAACAAGGGUCUUUCCAGAGGCUGUGUUUAUCUGAUGUGAGCAACCCAAGCUCCACUCAGGCCAUUGAGGAUCUUUCAAUUUCCUUUGCUGGCUCAAAACUUAAUGCAUUCACACUUGAUGAGCUAAGGGAAGCAACGCACAAUUUCUCAUGGAGUAAUAUGCUAGGAGAAGGAGGGUUUGGACCUGUGUACAAGGGUUUUGUGGAUGACAAACUGAGGCCAGGUUUGAAAGCUCAGACUGUUGCUGUGAAAAGGUUGGACUUGGAUGGCUUGCAAGGUCACAGGGAGUGGCUGGCAGAGAUUAUAUUUCUUGGACAGCUAAGGCAUCCACAUCUUGUCAAGCUAAUUGGGUACUGUUAUGAGGAUGAACACAGGCUUUUGAUGUAUGAAUACAUGCCAAGAGGCAGCUUGGAGAAUCAACUCUUCAGAAGAUACUCUGCUGCUAUGCCAUGGUCAACCAGGAUGAAAAUUGCAUUAGGAGCUGCCAAAGGUCUGGCCUUCCUUCAUGAAGCAGAUAAGCCUGUAAUAUACCGCGAUUUCAAAGCUUCCAACAUUUUACUAGACUCAGAUUUCACAGCUAAACUCUCAGACUUUGGUCUAGCCAAGGAUGGCCCUGAAGGGGAAGACACACAUGUAACAACACGCAUAAUGGGAACACAAGGCUAUGCUGCUCCUGAGUACAUCAUGACAGGUCACCUUACAACCAAGAGUGAUGUGUAUAGCUAUGGAGUAGUGCUGUUGGAACUGCUUACAGGAAGACGAGUGGUGGAUAAGUCUCGGUCGAAUGGUGGGAAGAGCUUAGUGGAAUGGGCAAGGCCUAUGCUGAGAGAUCAGAAAAAGGUUUACAGCAUCAUAGAUAGUAGACUAGAAGGGCAAUUUCCCAUGAAAGGGGCCAUGAAAGUUGCUAUGUUGGCUUUUAAAUGCUUGAGUCAUCACCCAAAUGCAAGGCCAACUAUGAGUGAUGUGGUGAAGGUGUUGGAGCCACUUCAGGACUUCGAUGAUGUUUUCAUUGGACCAUUUGUGUAUGUUGCCGUCAGUGAAAAUGGUAACAAACAUAAAAUAUAG